AUGAUAAACGCCGACAGCUGUGCGGAGCUCUGCGACCUGGAACUCGAUGAUGACUGUGCGGAACUGGCCGACAUGGUGGCGGCCAUCAACGUGUCGGGCAGUCGCAUCACGCCGCCCAAUGGCCACCGCCACAAGCUCACCCUGUCGGACAGGAAGCUCUCGCUGCAGGAGCGCAGCACCUACCAGGGCAGCACGGGCCGCAUGGCGCGCCGGCCCACCAUCGAGUCCAAACGUGUGUCUAUAUCAGACGGAGAGGACUGUGUACAGCUUAACCAGUACAAGCUGAAAGAUGAGAUUGGAAAGGGCUCCUAUGGUGUGGUUAAGCUGGCCUACAAUCAAGAUGAUGAACAAUAUUAUGCAAUGAAAAUGGUUUCUAAAAAGAAGAUCUUGAAGCAACAUGGGUUUCCACGCCGUCCUCCACCUCGAGGGCCCAAUGAGAAGAAGCCAAAGACAUUUGGCCCUCUGGAUCGCGUCUACCAGGAAAUAGCCAUCCUCAAGAAGCUUGAUCACCUGAACAUCGUCAAACUAGUGGAGGUACUUGAUGAUCCUGAUGAAGACAGUCUACUAAUGGUAUUCGAGCUUGUGAGACAAGGGCCGGUAAUGGAGGUCCCCACAGAUAUCCCCUUCAUUGAAGAGCAGUGUCGCUACUACUUCAGAGACAUUGUCCUUGGCAUCGAGUACUUGCACUACCAGAAGAUCAUCCACAGGGACAUCAAGCCCUCCAACCUGCUCCUGGGAGAUGACGGCCACAUCAAGAUCGCCGAUUUUGGCGUGAGCAACGUCUUCGAGGGCACAGACGCCCUCCUGUCCAGCACGGCAGGAACCCCAGCCUUCAUGGCCCCAGAGACCCUCAUCGACCAGGACGAGAGCUUCAGCGGCAAGGCUCUAGAUGUGUGGGCCAUGGGUGUCACUCUAUACUGUUUCGCCUUUGGAAAGUGCCCUUUCGUGGACGAGUACAUCCUGGCUCUGCACACCAAGAUCAAGAGCAGCCCUGUGGAGUUCCCCGACACGGCUAUUAUCAGCGAAGGCUUACAAGACCUCCUCCUGCGGAUGCUGGACAAAAAUCCAGAGUCCAGAAUCUCCAUACCAGAGAUCAAGGUGCACGGGUGGGUGACGCUGUGUGGCACGGACCCCCUGCCCUUGGAGGAGGACCACUGCACGGUGAUAGAGGUCACUGAGGAGGAGGUGUUCAACUCAGUCAAGCUCGUCCCCAGCCUCUCCACUGUGAUUCUGGUGAAGGCGAUGCUGAGGAAGCGCUCCUUCAGCAAUCCCUUCGAGAUCCCUGGCAGGAGACAGGGACGAUCUAUGUCUGCCCCGAGCAACUUGUUAUCUGAAAUGAUCAAAACAGGUGGCUUGAGGCCCAAAUCAAGAUUCAGCAGCAGUGGAAGUAGGGACGGGGAGCUGCAGGAGGUGAAUGAGGGGACUGAUGAUGCCUUCCUCUGA